UAUAUAAUUAACUAAAAGGACCAAAAUGAAUAUAAAAAUGAAACUUCAAAUUUAAAAUUUUGAAGUUUUAUUUUGGAAAGCAAAAAACAUCUAUAUUUAAAGUUAUAGAAUUUUUUUGGAGAUGGUCUAACACGAAAAUGAGCCACAUACAAUAUUUUGACCUGGUUUUAAUUUAAGCGUUAUUUUCUUUAUGUUUCUUUAUUUUUGAUAUACCAUAUCGACUGAUCUGGUUAUUGGUAAACCUCAUGUUUCUCUUCUUGUUUUUCCAUUCUUGAUAUAUUCUUUUUAACUUAGUAUUGUAAAUUUUUGAUAGAUCUUUUUUUCUUCUCGAAAACUGACUUGAACAUGCUAACAUUUUGAGAUUCUAUAGUACCUCUCAUAGCAAGCUUUCUCCCGUACCGUUUAAAAGUUCUAAAUGACCAUAUAUGCUGAACAACCUGAUGAUGUUAUUAAUUGACAGAUCAAACUGGGACAUACAACUGGAUCAGAAAAAUAUAUAGUUUUUGUUUUUUCUCCACGAUUGAUUAGUGUAAGACUCUUCACAUUCAUACCCAAAAAAAGAUUAGUGAUAUACCAAAGCAACGACGAUCAACAGAUUCAAAAGAUUUUAAUUUCGAAAAUUCUCAAUAUGGACAUGUUUCCUAUUUGACGAGUAUGUGACAUGAAUAUAAGACAUAGAGAGUAUAUACCUAGUUCUAAGAAAAAAAAAUAAACAAGUGAUGAUAUUUUUCAAAAAAUAGUAAGUGAGGAUAUACCUAACAAAGAUACCGCUCGCAGAUCAACUAGCCUUCUAUAAAUUCUCUAACAUUUCUGUACUCAUACCAUCUCUUCAUUCUCUCUCACCCAGGCUUCUAAUUUAACAAGGUUAGGAAACAAAAUUGUGUUAAGAUUUACUUAUGGUUUAUAAGCAUCGACAUUUUAGCGUAUGUAAUCUCAUUUUUGGGUAUUUAAGAUGUUUCUUUCUUGUCUCUCUUUUAGACCUGAACCCUAAUAAAGAGACAAACUAGCUUUUCUCUCCUACCCGACAGGAGGAUCAGAAUGUUUCUGCAUUAAAUUAUUCAUAUUUGCAAGAUAUAUAUCGAUGCAAAAGUAUUAACGUUUUAACUCCUGAAAGCAGGAGAGACAAUAAAAACUGAGAUGGCUGAACAACAACUAGGAGUGCUGAAGGCACUUGAUGUUGCGAAAACGCAACUUUACCAUUUCACGGCGAUUGUAAUAGCCGGAAUGGGUUUCUUCACAGAUGCUUAUGAUCUGUUUUGCGUAUCAUUGGUGACCAAGCUUCUUGGCCGCCUCUAUUACUUCAAUCCACUGUCAGAGAAGCCUGGCUCACUUCCCCCUCAUGUUGCGGCUGCGGUCAACGGUGUGGCUCUCUGUGGGACCCUUGCUGGUCAGCUAUUCUUUGGAUGGCUAGGUGACAAACUUGGUAGGAAAAAAGUGUAUGGUAUCACAUUGAUCAUGAUGAUCGUGUGCUCCGUUGCUUCUGGUCUCUCUUUCGGUAACAAAGCCAAGGGUGUCAUGACCACUCUUUGCUUCUUCAGGUUUUGGCUGGGAUUUGGUAUUGGAGGUGACUACCCUCUUUCUGCCACCAUUAUGUCUGAAUACGCUAACAAGAAGACCCGUGGUGCUUUCAUCGCUGCCGUGUUCGCCAUGCAAGGUGUCGGGAUCUUGGCCGGAGGUUUCGUGGCGCUUGCAGUAUCUUCCAUAUUUGACAAGAAAUUCCCAGCUCCAACAUAUGCAGUCAACAGGGCUCUCUCAACGCCUCCUCAAGCUGAUUAUAUUUGGAGAAUCAUCGUCAUGUUUGGUGCUCUACCCGCAGCCUUGACUUAUUACUGGCGUAUGAAAAUGCCAGAAACUGCUCGUUACACUGCUUUGGUUGCCAAGAACAUCAAACAGGCGACACAAGAUAUGUCCAAGGUUUUACAAGUGGAACUUGAGAUGGAGGAAAGAGCUGAAGAUAUCGUUCAAGACCCUAGACUUAACUAUGGCUUGUUCUCCAAGGAGUUCGCCAAACGACAUGGCCUUCCCCUCCUCGGAUGUACCUCGACUUGGUUCUUGCUUGACAUUGCCUUCUAUAGCCAAAACUUGUUCCAAAAGGAUAUUUUCUCCGCUAUCGGAUGGAUUCCAAAGGCAGCAACCAUGAACGGAAUCCACGAGGUUUUCAUGAUCGCCAGGGCACAAACCCUCAUUGCACUUUGCAGUACCGUCCCUGGUUACUGGUUCACGGUCGCGUUUAUUGAUAUUAUGGGAAGGUUUGCAAUCCAGUUAAUGGGAUUCUUCAUGAUGACCGUUUUUAUGUUUGCCAUUGCCUUUCCCUACGACCACUGGAUUAAACCGGACAACCGUAUCGGUUUCGUGGUCAUGUACUCCCUCACUUUCUUCUUUGCUAACUUUGGACCAAAUGCAACCACUUUCAUUGUCCCAGCCGAGAUCUUCCCUGCCAGGCUAAGGUCCACAUGCCAUGGUAUAUCAGCCGCAACAGGUAAGGCUGGAGCCAUUGUGGGAGCUUUUGGAUUCUUAUACGCAGCUCAGCCACAAGACAAGACCAAGACGGACGCAGGAUACCCACCGGGUAUUGGAGUCAAGAAUUCGUUGAUCAUGCUUGGUGUCAUUAACUUUGUUGGUAUGCUCUUCACCUUCCUCGUCCCUGAGCCCAAGGGUAAGUCCCUUGAAGAGCUCUCCGGAGAGACUGAAGUUGAAAAAUGAUUAAGGCGUCAUAUUUACAGUUCCUUUUAUUGCUUCCGGUUAACUAACUCUUGUUUAACAAUUUACUGUGUUUUGGGAUGCUUGAUCUGUUGUUUGUAUUGGUGCACCUCUCAUUUUUAUUGUGUGACAAAAAUUUGAUCAUUCACUUGGUCAUAUUGCUAUGUUGAUUGCUUAUGUCCAUAACACGCUAUUAAUUUCUUUUUAAGUUUUUAUUAUUGUUAUGAUGUUUAUAUUUCGUUUAUACGUGUCUACAUCUUUGAAAACAUGAAUUUAUCCAUAUAGCUUAUGCAGGUAUCCGCAAAGAUCAUUUUUUAAUAUCAAAAUUAGUUUACAAGAGAAAUUAGUUUAUUUUAAAUGAUUUACCUGACACUAAUAGAUAUGAUUUGGUCUGAGUUGGAUUAAUGGAUUGAAAAAUAUUUACUAUGAUAUAUGAUAGAAACUCCCCUAAGACAUCAACUUACAUAUUAAAUGGAAAUACAUCUGCCAGUGUUCUUCCGGAUAUCUUACGUAUAUCGAAUAUGCUUUGUUUUAACAAUGAUUUUGACUUUUGCCAAAUGAUAGCUAAUCUUCAUUGCUAUAUGUAUCCAGAUUGUCAAUCCUCAAACGUCAACUAUUAGAGUUGAACAACUAUUUUUCGAAUUGAAUAUAAAAUUUAUUCAAAUUAAAAAACGUUUGUCAACUAUUAGAGUUAACCGAUUCUUUUUCGAAUUGAAUAUAAAAUUUACUCAAAUUAAAAACCGUUUUGUCACAUCAAGUGUGGUUCUUCUUUAGAUUUAAAUAUACACAAAGCUUUAACGUAAAGAAACUGAAACUUGAAGGAUUUGAACUUAGAUUACCUUGAGCUGCAAACUAUGUUAGAAGAAUUAAAUGAUUCGACUACAAAGAAAAUGGAGAAAUAUGUAACCUCUUGACUUAUGUUGGCACUAAAAUACCCUAUAAUCAAAACUCCACAUAAAACCAUAAAUGUUAGUAAAUUAUUCUGUAUGGGCUUGAGUUUCGGUACAAGUAGUUAACACGGUAGACCGUAACAGACGAUCGAUCAACCUUUUAACAUUAAUUGAAAAGUAUACCAAAUUCGAGUCAGACAGUGUAGUACGCUUUUGAGUUAGUCCACUCUAAAUUACUAAAUGCGUUCCUCUCUGGGCUGACCGGAUCAAUCGGCAGGGUUUAUAAAAAAACCUAUAAAUGGUAAUAAUCCUUUUUUAAUUAUUUUCUUAUUUAAUUUAAGAGAAUUAUUGUUUAUAUUGCAGAAAUUAAUAAUUGCAAAUUUGAAAUCAAUCAUCGUUUAUAUAUAAUUAGUUAAUAUUGGUCACAAGUAAUGCCAUAUGUGUGCAUGUGAGAAACUAAAAUCAUGUUUAAUAUAUACUUCUUUCGUGUAACUCAAAGUCUCAAACGGGACGCUUGUGUUAUUUAAUCAUAGCCCUUUCAAUUUAAAAACUUAUCACCAAAAUAAGAGAAACCAAUAAACUAAAGAAACAGAUAAAAAAAUGACUAAAUAAUAGUUAUUUAACAAUCUAAUAAUUAAAAAAUAUUUUUUAAUUCUAUAUGUUUAUAUUAAAAUCAAACUAAAUCUAAGGAAAAACCAUGAAAUAGAACUAAGAAAACUAAGUGAAAUUGUAAAGAUAAAACAAAAUAAAGAUGGCCAUUAAGCAAAAAAAAAAGAAGUCUGAAUGAGAAUGAGAAUGAGACUAACGGAUUUAGUGGGUCCGGUCAUUUGCGUUACUAGCGAUACAACCAUAAUUCGUCGCAAAAAAAAAAAAUAAAAAACCAUAAUUCGUCGCACAAAAAAAAAAUAACGAUAAAACCAUAAUACUCUAUGUUUUUGUUCUUCCUAGACAGCUCUCAAUUAGAAAAAAAACUAGACACCUCUCAAUUAAAAAAAACUAGACACUUGGCCCUGAAUCGGAGUACCACUUUGCGUUAAAUCACUAUGUUUUUUUGUUCUUCCUCCACAACUUUUAUGAUCAUCAUAUCCGGAUUUAGUGCGCCAUUUGGAGCUCCGACAUUGCACACAAACUUCAACACUUUUUAUGGUGGGUAUCAUUGCAUGCCAUUACAGUGAAAGCAAAUCUAAGACGCCGUCGAAUUAACAUUUAUGUUGCACAAGAGAGGAAACAAGGGACCGUUAGUUUUUUUUUCUGUCCCUACACAGAAGUAAUAUGGCGGAUCUCUCCAAUCCACCCCACACAUAUUAUUUGUUACCCAACAAUCACCAUUGGCAAUAUAAAAUCGUUUUUUCCUUCCACAACAACACCAAUGCCCAUAUGGAAAGCCAUUAUCUAACGGUUUGGGUAAUAUGUCAUAUUUGGAAAAUUCAGAAUGAUCUAAUAUUAAAAUAGAGGAAUGUAACAAUGGAAGAUAUGGUUAAGGGAGCGAGUGAUGACGUGAAGUACUGAAUAUCUAUGCUUCAUUAAGGUAAAGACAAACACGUCGAAUGGAAUUCAAAAUAUAAAUCGACUCAACCAAAUUUAAUGGCACAACUCACUAAAAAUAUAGGUGAAGUGUGAGUAUGAAUUCCAUUUUAGAGGUAUGAUAAAGUGGAAUUCAAAAGUGAUAACUUGAAUAUCAAUCCGAUAAUCAACGGAAACGCCAAGAAGUUGAAACUAAAUUGUAUCUAUACUAUUUGGGUUUGGACAACCUUGUUUAGUUUAGUUAAUCCAGCUCAUUACGGCUGAUUAUACGUAAAUCAGCUGUAACUAUCUCACAUAAGUUAGUCAUAAAUUUAAUAACUCAGCAAUUCGAUGAUCACUAAAUUAGCCAGAGAAACAUAAUUCAGCCGUGUCUUAUCUAUAAAUCCGCCAAAUUUUCGACAAAUCAGUCUGAUGAUGCAUACGUUAGCCAGAACUUGUAUUCGUAAGUCAGCCAUUAUCUAAUAAAUCAGCCAUAUUUUUGUAAAUUGGUAGAUUAUGGAUUUGACCCAUUUUCAUCCAUAGUUUAUAUGUGUUUUUACCAAUAUUUAUA